AUGUCUCAGAAGAUUGAUUACAUCGUCGGCAAGUUCGAUCAGCUCGAGAAUGCCAGUGUCUUUGAGACUGCCUUCGGCACUGCUGACAAGCUCAUGGCGAAAUACGGCCCCAUUGUUCGCAUCAGCCCGAACCUAGUCAUCUUGAACGAUCCGGAGGCAGUGGAAAAGGUCUUCAUCCGAAAGGACCUCGACACAUCGCCAACCUCGAUUCGCGCGCUACGCGUCGGUGGCCAUGACUGGACGGUUACGUACCCGCAACACCCUGUCGCACGCACACGACGCCACCCUGUCAUGAUCGCAACCACCACUAAGCAUCUCAAGCUUCGUCAUCAGGUGUUUGUCGAAUACAUCGAAGCUAUGGUGCGGGAUAUUGCUAAAUCGGAUGGGAAGAAGUCUGAAGACAUUGUACACCAUCUUCGCAUCUGUACCUUGAAGAACUCGCAAGUCAUCAUGGGAGGUUCAGGCGUGGACGUCGAGUCAGAGACCUUUCCUCGAGUGGUGGGAGAGUACAACUUCCUCGUGGUGUGGAGACUCUGCCUUCCUGAAUGGCUUUUCGAGUGGCUUCAGUACGGUCCUUUCUCGCACCCUCGAUUUCGCGUACAGUCGAGCGACAAGCUCUUUGAUCUUGGCCUAGACUUAUGUCAACAAGCAGCGAAAAACGAGGCGACAUUCGACGAAGAUCCCAGCAUAUAUAAGCUAUUCACUGACCCGGACGCAAAGUACCCAACGCAGUCGUGGACGGAUAGAGAAAUAGCGGCAGAGAUGGCAGGUCAGGUGCUUGCUGCAACAGAAACAACAUCGUCUGCACUCGCAUUUAUCUACUACGAGCUAGCAAAGAACCAGAACCUGCAACAAGACUUGUACGAAGAAGUCUGCGCUUAUGAGGGAUAUGAAGAGCUCGAAUCGCUAAAGUAUCUCGAUGCAUGUAUCAAGGAAGGUCUGCGCUUCCGCCCUCCCGUGGCUCUCACGGGCAGCCGUCUUGUACCUGAAGGAGGCCUCAAAAUUCUCGGCUACUACCUCCCAGCGGGUACCGUGGUAACAACGCAAUCGCUGUCUAUGAGCCGUCAAAGGCCGGAUCUCUUUCCAGACUUUGAUAGCUACAAUCCCCGUCGCUGGCUUGGGGAUGACGCCAGUACUGCCGAAAAACGUAAAUUUCUUGCACCGUUUGGCGUUGGAGCACGCCGUUGCCCUGGAGGUAACAUGGCGACGUAUCAGAUGCGUAUCAUUCUCGCUGCUACAUUCCGCGCAUUCCGAAUCACGUUAGCACCAGAGACGACACCAGAGAAGAUGUCUCCUUUCGAAGCGAAUGGAUUUCGAAGCUGCCAUGAUAGGUGCGACUUGGUCUUCACACCCCGAGCGGUGUGA